GGAGCCGUGACGAGUCCGGAAGCGUCUGCGCACGCGCGCCCCUCGGCGGCUCAAGUACUUUGGUUCCUGGUCCUUUCCCGGGUCCCGGACCUGGACCCCCAGCAAGCCGCCGCCCCGCGCCCAGCGAUGUCCAGCAACAACUUCGUUUCCAAUGACCACUCUGGAGGCGGGGAGACGACGGAGCUGGGGCAGGAGGCCACCUCCACCAUUUCCCCCUCAGGCGCCUUCGGCCUCUUUAGCAGCGACCUGAAGAAGAAUGAAGAUCUAAAGCAAAUGUUGGAAAGCAAUAAAGAUUCUGCUAAGUUGGAUGCUAUGAAACGAAUUGUUGGGAUGAUUGCAAAAGGGAAAAAUGCAUCUGAACUGUUCCCUGCUGUUGUGAAGAAUGUGGCAAGCAAAAAUAUUGAGAUUAAGAAGUUAGUAUAUGUAUAUCUGGUUCGAUAUGCAGAAGAACAGCAGGAUCUGGCUCUCUUGUCCAUAAGCACUUUCCAGCGAGCUCUGAAGGACCCAAAUCAACUAAUUCGUGCAAGUGCUCUGAGAGUUUUAUCAAGCAUUAGAGUGCCUAUUAUUGUACCUAUUAUGAUGCUUGCUAUUAAGGAAGCUUCUGCUGAUUUGUCACCUUAUGUUAGGAAGAAUGCAGCCCAUGCAAUACAGAAAUUGUACAGCCUUGACCCAGAGCAGAAGGAAAUGUUAAUUGAAGUAAUUGAAAAACUUUUGAAGGAUAAAAGCACACUGGUUGCUGGUAGUGUUGUGAUGGCCUUUGAAGAAGUCUGCCCAGACAGAAUAGAUCUGAUUCACAAGAAUUAUCGCAAGUUAUGUAAUUUGUUGAUUGAUGUGGAAGAAUGGGGGCAGAUUGUCAUUAUCCACAUGCUAACUCGCUAUGCUCGAACGCAGUUUGUCACUCCUUGGAAAGAGGAUGCUGGUUUGGAGAUGGAAGAAAAGAAUUUUUAUGAAUCUGAUGAUGAAGAAAAGGAGAUGACUGACAAAAAGAAGAAACCAUAUAUUAUGGAUCCAGACCAUAGACUUUUAAUUCGAAAUACUAAACCUUUGCUUCAGAGCAGGAAUGCAGCGGUGGUUAUGGCAGUUGCUCAGCUGUAUUGGCACAUAGCACCAAAAUCUGAAGCUGGCAUUAUUUCUAAAUCACUAGUGCGUUUACUUCGUAGCAAUAGGGAAGUACAAUAUAUUGUUCUACAGAAUAUAGCAACUAUGUCAAUUCAAAGAAAGGGUAUGUUUGAACCAUAUCUGAAGAGUUUCUAUGUUAGGUCAACUGAUCCAACUAUGAUCAAAACCCUGAAGCUUGAAAUUUUGACAAACUUGGCAAAUGAAGCCAACAUAUCAACUCUUCUUCGAGAAUUUCAGACCUACGUAAGGAGUCAAGAUAAACUCUUUGCAGCAGCCACUAUUCAAACAAUUGGCCGAUGUGCUACCAACAUCUCUGAAGUCGCGGACACAUGCCUCAAUGGCCUUGUGUGUCUGCUGUCCAACAGGGAUGAAAUAGUUGUUGCAGAAAGUGUGGUUGUUAUUAAGAAAUUACUGCAAAUGCAGCCUGCGCAGCAUGGUGAAAUUAUUAAACACAUGGCUAAACUCUUGGACAGUAUCACUGUUCCUGUGGCUCGAGCAAGUAUUCUUUGGCUAAUCGGAGAAAACUGUGAACGAGUUCCUAAAAUUGCCCCUGAUGUUUUGAGGAAGAUGGCUAAAAGCUUUACUAGUGAAGAUGACCUGGUAAAACUGCAGAUUUUAAACCUGGGAGCCAAAUUGUAUUUAACCAACUCCAAACAGACAAAAUUGCUUACCCAGUACAUAUUAAAUCUCGGCAAGUAUGAUCAAAACUACGACAUCAGAGACCGCACAAGAUUUAUUAGGCAGCUUAUUGUUCCGAAUGAGAAGAGCGGAGCUUUAAGUAAAUAUGCCAAAAAAAUUUUCUUGGCGCAAAAACCUGCACCACUGCUUGAAUCUCCUUUUAAAGAUAGGGAUCAUUUCCAGCUUGGCACUUUAUCACAUACUCUCAACACUAAAGCUACGGGGUACCUGGAAUUAUCUAAUUGGCCAGAGGUGGCGCCUGACCCAUCAGUUCGAAAUGUAGAAGUCAUUGAGUUGGCUAAAGAAUGGACUCUAGCAGGAAAAGCAAAUAAAGAAAAUUCUGCUAAGAAAUUUUAUUCUGACUCUGAGGAGGAAGAGGAUUCUUCUGAGAGCAGCAGUGAUAGUGAGAGUGAAUCUGGGAGUGAAAGUAGAGAGCAGGAAGAGGAAGGUGACAGUGAUGACAGCAGUAGGGAUUCCUCCAGUGAGUCUGCAAGUGAGAGUGGAAGUGAAUCUGAAGGAGAAAACAAGAGAUCAGCCAAGAGGAACUCCAAAGCCAAAGGACAGAGUGAUUCUGAAGAUGGAAAGAAGAAAAGUGAAAAGUCAAAAACUUCGGGUUCCUCUGAUACUGAAUCUAGCUCAGCAGAAGAAAGUUCUUCAGGUUCUGAAUCUGAAUCAGAAUCUGAAAGUGAUUCUGAAUCCAGAAACAUUACUAAGGCAAAAGAAAAGAAAAGAGAUCAAGAUAAAAAAGAGAUUUCACUUCUAGAUCUAGAUGAUUUUAAUCCAGUAUCCACUCCAGUUGUGCUUCCCACAGCAGCUGUUUCUCCAAGCUUGAUUGCUGAUCUUGAAGGUUUAAAUUUGUCAACUUCUUCAUCAGUCAUCAGUGUCAGUACCCCUGUCUUUGUGCCAAUGAAAACACACGUGCUGCUUCAUCGGAUGAGUGGAAAAGGACUAGCUGCCCAUUAUUUCUUUCCAAGACAACCAUGUAUUUUUGAAGAUAAGAUGGUCUCAGUUCAAAUCACAUUAAAUAAUACCACUGAACGGAAGAUAGAAAAUAUCCAUAUAGGGGAAAAAAGACUUCCUACAGGCAUGCAAAUGCAUAUUUUUGGGCCAAUAGAAUCUCUUGAGCCUGAGGGAUCCAUUACUGUUUCAAUGGGUAUUGACUUUUGCGAUUCCACCCAGACUGCUAGUUUCCAGUUGUGUACCAAGGAUGACAGCUUCAGUGUUAAUAUUCAGCCACCUGUUGGAGAACUACUUUUACCUGUGGCCAUGUCAGAAAAAGAUUUUAAAAAAGAGCAAGGAAUGCUAACAGGAAUGAAUGAAACUUCUACAGUAAUCAUUGCUGCACCACAGAAUUUCACUUCCUCUGUGAUCCUUCAGAAAGUUGUAAAUGUAGCCAACAUAGGUGUAGUUCCUUCUGGCCAAGAUAAUAUUCACAGGUUUGCAGCUAAGACUGUGCACAGUGGGUCAUUGAUGCUAGUCACAGUGGAACUGAAGGAAGGCUCUACUGCACAGCUUAUCAUAAACACUGAGAAAACUGUGAUUGGUUCUGUUCUGCUUCGGGAGCUGAAGCUUGUCCUGUCCCAGGGGUAACCUGCUUACAUCUGGACUUCAGAAUCUGGCACACAACAAAAGUGCCUGGCAUCCACCACUGCUGCCUUUCAUUUAUAAUAAUAGCCCUUCCAUCUGGCAGUGGGGGAAGAAUACACUCUUGACAUUCUUGUCUCCUGCUUUAGAAUGCUGGUGUGUAUCUAUCAUGUAUGCAAUACUUUCCCCCUUUUUGCUUUGCUAACCAAAGAAGAUCUAUUUUAAAUUCAGUUAUAUCAACUCUUGAAUCCAUGUGGUAUUUUCCCUGCCCUGCUCCUUCUUCUGGCCUUUUCUACUUCCUUCUCUUUUUUCAGCAAUGAUGGACAUGAAUCGGAUAUUUAAAGUAUGCUGGAAAUCAUCUCUCCCUCCUUCUGUAAUAGAAAUUAGCCUAGAAAUGGCCUCUCAGCUUGCUAUGUGAAAUGGAAUAGCAUACUUUUAGAUUUUACAUUCAAAAAGUGACAAGAUCUCUGGGGAAAUGUGGUCUAUGAAUUUUCUAGCAUCGUGAUUGGUUGUUGACAACUGUCAUCAUAAAAUUAUCUCAAGAUAAGAAAAAUAAACAAGCCUAUGAAUAACA